GGCCCCCCUGUUUGCUGCCGCCAUUUUGUGGCGAUGCCGCGCGUUGGUGGCUGCGUCCGCCUCGACCUCCUCCCAUUUUAAUUUCACUUCUCGCCGAUUUCUUCCUUUACCCUUCUUCCAUCGACCCCCCCCCCUUUAAUGAGCCAGCGAGUUUAUUAACCGCCUUCAUUUCACAGCGCUCAUUUCUAUUCUCGACACGACAGGAGGUGGUGGUGGUGGGGGGGGGUUUGCACCAUGACGGACGUGAUUCAGGUGACCAACGUGGCCCCCGCGGCUACCACGGAGCAGAUGAAGACUCUGUUCGGGUUCCUGGGCAAAAUCGAAGACAUUCGCGUCUUCCCACACGAUGACUCCCCUCUGCCGGUGACGUCGCGGGUGUGUUUCGUGAGGUUUAGCGAUUCGGUCAGCGUCGGCGUGUCGCAGCAUCUGACCAACACUGUGUUCAUCGACCGGGCUCUCAUCGUAGUGCCGUACGCUGAAGGCAAGAUACCAGAUGAGGCUAAAGCACUGUCUCUCUUGGCUCCCGCCAGUGCUGUCGCCGGCCUGCUGCCUACGCCCAGCCCGCUGGCCUCGAUGGGGGCCGUGCCCCUGUCGGCUUUGGGCGCGCUGCACGGUGGCGGGAGCAUGGACUCCACACUGGCCGCGCUCGGCCUCCCACAGCCACAGCUUCUCGGCAACUUGGAUGGCGGAAAGUUGCAGGGCAUGCAGCAGCCCAUGCACCUUGGCCAGUCUGCCACUGCUGAACAGUUGCUGAAUUUGUUUUCGCAAGUCGGUGGCGAGGUCAAGUACGUUCAUCUAAUGAACCAUCCGAACAAUGCCAUCGCAAAACCGGCGGGUAAGGGGACGGACGCUGCUUCUAAAGAGAUCGAGGAGGCCAUGAAGAGGGUCCGUGAAGCACAGUCGCUCAUCUCUGCCGCUAUCGACCCAGAUUCUUCAGAGAAGGACGACAAAAAGAAGCGCUCUCGGUCAAAGUCGAGGUCCCGCUCGCGGAAACGGCGUUCCCGUUCGCGUUCACGCCGCCGACGCUCGGGAAGCCGCACGAGGUACCGCUCGCGAUCGCGUGGUCGCAGGAGCCCCCGCCGUCGGUCCCGCUCCCCACGCCGCAAAUCCCGCUCACCACGCAGGCGCUCGCGAGACCGUGGCCGCCGCUCUCGCUCCAAGUCCAGGGAUCGCAGCCGACGUGGCCGCAAGAGCCGCAGCCCCUCGCUGGCGGGCAAGAAGCGCCCGCUGUCGCGUUCGCCGCCUCCUCCGCCUCGCCGCGUCUCUCCCAGCCCCCGGCGCCGGGCCUCCCCGAGGCCGUCGAGCAGCCGCCGCUCGCGCUCGCCCAAACGCCGCCUGCCGUCCAGAUCGCCGGGCCCUCGCCGUGUGUCUCGGUCGCCGCGUCGCAAGCUCGGCUCGCCGCCCCUUCUGCCCAAGCGCAAGGGCUCCAGCUCCCCGUCGCCUAAGAAGCACAAGAAAGAGAAGCGUCGCGAGCGUGAGCGAAGCCGCGAGAAAGAGUUGCGUUCGUCGGGAAGCCGCAAGAAGAAGGGCAGGGACAAGGGGGAGCGUGAACGGGAAAAGGAGCGUGAACGGCGCGACAGGAGCGAAGGAGACAAGGGCGACGUCAAGACCCUGUUGGACGUGUUGCGCGCACACGUGCAGGUGACGCGGAACUACGACGAGGAGGAGAUGGGCUACGACAGCGAAAAGGAGCGGCUGCUGCGCGAGGAGGGCGCUGGCUCCGGAGGCGCCGAUGACGGGUCUCCACCGCAGGGCGGCACACGCUCCGGCAGCAGGGGCGGCUCUGACAGCGGCAAUCAGAGCCCCGAGCGCAACACCAAUGGGGAUGACGAUCAGCAGGAAGACAUGUACACCAGCGAUUGAGCUGCGUGUGUGCCUCUGAUUGCCGCACACACAAUCGCCUGUUCUUACUCCGCAAUUAUUACAUCUACACAAAUGCAGUCGUUGGUUUUUGCGUGGCCAUUAGCACAUGUUCGUGCUGGCCACUACAUCCAGUUACAGCAGUUGGUCCCCAAGUCGCGUGCACACACGCUGGCCAGUAUGAUUGCACAUGCGAGUGUACAGGAGAGUUGCACCCAAUUACAUAAUUUGGUCCACGUGUCUUUAACAUGCGUUCACACGAGCCAGUGUGAGCGCAUGUGAGAUUACAGAUGCAAUUGUACAGACCUGCACAACCUUCUUGGCCUAUGAACCAACACCACCACCAGCCUUCUCGGUCCCCUUUCAACAUUGGUUUGGGAACUGCCAUUUUGAGGGUGAACCCAGAGCUUUGUAUUAAAUGGAUGGUCUCGGGUAUUGGAGGACGUCCCUUUGAAUGCAUGGCUGCUUUUUUCUGUUGCAUAUAAAAGGUGUCUGGUGAUGGUGUGGUUGGUAGCAGAAGGCAGGUGAAGUCGGUGGGUGAAAUUGGAAAAACUAUAAAUUCCCAAAUCAACUCGCAUUGCUGUAAAGAUGAAGCAUGACAAGUCUUGAGAUUUCAAAUAGUUUUUUUGAUUGCAUACUGGUUUGUAAAUACUGUAUGUCCCCCAUUUUUUAAAGGCAAUUGAUCGGCUCGGUUUAUAGAGUUCACAACUGCCUACAGUUUCUGAUUAUUGCCGGAGGUGAAUUUUUUUUAUAUAUAUAUAACUACCUUGGAGUCUCUACAGCUUUGGUUGACAUUAGGAUUUUCACCGUACUUGAUGUUUGUAACAAAAUUGUAAUGCUUGCGCCAUGCGAUUUUUGUUGUGUUUUAAGCGACCUUUUGCCGUUUCAUUCUUGGGAACCUUCAGGUUGGUGCAUUUUUUACAACAGGCCACUAAAUUCAUUUGCUUUUUAAAAAAAGGGGCAAGAGUGGGAAUCCUACAUAAAUUAAGAAGCACAUACCGUAUUUUCUCUUUGUACAGUAUGCUUUACAUAGCCGGCAUGUAAAGGAUCGUCCAUUUGAUGCUGGUUUUCCCCACAUUCAUUAAAUAAAAACUCGCGGUUUUGU